AUGAAUUUCAGCCAAGAAGAAGUCGUCUUACUUUACCAGCAACUACAGUCUGCUGGUGUACCGCAGCUUCUUCGAAAAUUCGAGCGCAUUGUCGGCUCCUUUUAUAAGGAGAUCAAAGACCAAAAAGAUGAAAACCAACGUUUACAACAUAUUUUUGAAACUGAAAAAGAUAUGUACAACAAACGAAUGGAAGAAGUGGAAAUUGAAUUGGAUCAGCAGGUGAUGUUGGCUGAGCGAAAAGCACGAGAAGAGGAAAGAAGUAAGUUAACAAAAGAAAAGGAAGAAAUGCAGUCACGUAUGGCCGAAGAAAUGCGAACUAUGCAAAGUAACAUUGAAAGGUUACAAAAAAUGGAGAGCCUAUUGGAAAAAGAGGGACAGAAGCUCAGUCAUCAAAAGGAGUUACAAGAACGUCUCAAGGAAGUAUGCUCGGAAAAUAAUGAGCUCCGUCGUGGUCUUGCGGAAAACCACCUCGAAUUGGCGAUGAUCAAAAGUGAAUUGGCUCAUGUUCGAGCUGAUUACGAGCACAAGCAAAAUGAGCUGAUUCGACAGAAAGACGAAGUCUCCGUCGUAUCCCAAGAAAGCGAAACCAUGCAGCGCCAAAUACAGCUUCUUUUUGAAGCGAACAAAAAACUUCACGAGACAAAUGAAAGCCUCAGAGAUGCCUUGGACAGCCGUGCGUCCGUCAUCAAACAGUUCAACUUGGUAAGUCACGAAAAUACCAACAUUCCUACCGAUGGUGCGAUCAAUAAAUAUCCAUUGAGGCAAGCUGUGCAGUGCGGAAUCAUCAACGGGUACUCCUUUACCAUGGUGGAGAGUUGGUGA